AUGCGCGAGAUGAAGAAGACGUACAACAAAGUGUGGGACAGUCUGGUGGAAGGACAACCUGGAGAGAACCUGCCGUCGGGCGAGCAAGAAGGAGAUGCCCUCGACUACCUUCUGAACGGGGUAUACCACCUCAGCACCGGGAACGCUGAGGACCCCAUCGAGUUGGAAGACAUCGACGACGAUCUAGACAACGAUGCGGACGACGGGGGAGCGGCGGGCUUGCAGGACAACGGUCGCAACGAUGGGGAGUCGCCACCGGGGCAGGUCGAGGACGGCGGUGGGGCGGAGGAGAGCGAAGGUGGUGCACCGGCGGUGGGGGGAAUCAAGGAGGAGCCAGCCGUCGGCAACCAGGGCAGCGGGGAUGGCGCCCCCUCCGAUAAUAUCGAAGAAGCAGACGGCGGGUAUCCUGACAGGCCCGACAAGUGGAUGCACCCGUAUCUCCUCACCUACUGCCUUAUCGGAAGGCCAAGCAGCAGCGAGGACCCUGACCUCAGGACCACGCGGAAAACGUCCGGGCCGAAGGGUCGCGGAGGGAAGCAGAAGUCGAAGAGGGGGUCGCCCGGCACCAGCGACGAAAGCGGGUCGGAGACAAGCGGUGCGUACACCGAUGUAGAUUUGUCGUCGAACGCGAUUCGGAUGUUCGCAGGGGCCGGCGAAAGUCGAAGCCGAGCGCAGGUGAAAAAAGAGCAUGAAGCGGUGGCGGCGGCGAACGCGCAAGAGCAGGCGCGCCGCGUCCAGCAGACCCAUACAGGGAAGCUGGUGACGGCUGUGGAAGCUUGGUCGGCAGCCGUUGUGUCGAGGCAGGCGUUGGACGAAGAAGCCGCCCAUAGGUCUCACUGGGAUUACGCUCGCUUGGCCAAGAAAGCUAAAAUCGACGACCUCAGGGGGGAAGUUGGAGUUCACACUGGAAGGGCCGAGGGCGAUGGCACUGCGAGCCUCUAUAUCGGCCUUGUAUGA